AUGUCGGCCCACUGGCGGGCUUGGACCGAUGUGACCCGUGAGCUUGGCCUGACCAUAACCCCCGAGCAAUUCCUGGGAUUUGCUGGGCGGCCCACCUCCGGCAUCUUUGCCAGCCUCUGUGAGGAGCAGAGCAAGACGAUCGACAUCCCUGCUGCGGUUGAGCUGAAGAACGCCAGGUACCAUGAGGUUGCCGACGACACCAAGCUGGUGAAGCCGGUCGUAGAGAUCCUGCAGGCUGCCCUCGCCAGGGGGCUGCCCUGUGCGAUAGCCACGGGCGGGGACCGGUUCCAGGUGUACCCCUCCCUGGCCAAGUCAGGCCUCUGGACCCCAGACAACACCUCCAACUUCAAGGCGGUGGUGACCUGCACCGACGUGACCCACGGCAAGCCGCACCCGGAGACCUACCUCAAGGCCGCAGCGCUGCUGGGAGUCGACCCGGCCGACUGUGUGGGGUACGAGGAUGCCCCCUUGGGAAUGGAGUCCAUCCGAAGGGCAGGCUUCCUGGCAGCGGUGGAUGUGACGAAGAUCCCAGGGGCAGGCCCGGUGGCCCGACCGAGACCCAGGCCCUCCUUUUGGCUGGCAGGGCGGAGCCUGGUGGAUGGAGGGAUCGUCAUCGACGUGGAGGCCCAGGCGCUUGCAAGCCCCACCUCCACCGGCCUGGUCUGGGUUCGGACCGAGGGUAGCAGUGAGGGAGAUGCGGCGGCCACAAACCACGCCCGGCGCACCCGCAAGGUGAGGUUCACAUGCAACCUCUGCGGCACACAGAAUACCAAGCGCGUCAACCCCCACGCCUGGCACGCCGGCUCCGUCUUUGCGCGGUGUGCUGGCUGCCAGGGCGUGCACAAGCUGCAGGACAAUCUGGAGGUGUUUUUCGAGACAGGGCACGCGCCCUUCCCGCCGCCAGAGCUGCGCCAGAGUGUGCUCGGCAGCGAGCUGCUGGAAAGGGCGGCCAGGAUCUGGCAGGAAAACCUUCGCAACUGA